AUGGGUUCAUCAUCAUCAGAAGAUUAUAUUCAGCUUCCUAAGAUCGAUUUUUCACUUCUAAAUAACCGCAAGUUACUUGAUAGUAAUCGUGUCUAUGAUUCGAUUAAAACUCAAGUUCUUGAAGCCCUUCAAAAGUAUGGUUGUUUCCAAGCAUCUAUAGAUGGAAUAACACCUGAGCUUCAAAAGUCUGUAUAUGGUGCCGCGAAGCACCUUUUCAAUCUUCCUUUAGAAACCAAGUAUAAAAACGUCUCGAAUGGAACGUUUAUUGGGUAUAUGGGGAACUCGCCGCUACUUCCACUAUACGAAAGCAUGGGUAUCCAGGAUCCACAUGUCGCUGAAAAAGUUGUAAAUUUCACUAAUCUCAUGUGGCCUCCUCAAGGCAACCCUCAAAUUAGCAAUGACAUCCAUCUAUAUGUGGAGAAGCUUUGGGAAUUGACUACAAUGACAAGGAAGAUAGUUUUUGAGAGCUUGGAUUUGGAAAAGUAUUUGGAUGAACACAAUGAACUAGCAAGUUAUGUGCUUAAGUUCAAUAAAUACCGAGUGCCAGAACCAAAUGAAGCGAAUCUUGGCUUGCACAGCCAUGCGGAUCCUGGUAUAAUGACGAUACUACAUCAAAAUGAAGUCGAAGGAUUAGAGAUUCAAACAAAAGAUGAUGACGAAUGGCUAAAAGUUAAGCUUUCUCCAAAUACAUUUAUUGUCAUGACCGGAGAGACUAUAAACGUAUGGUUGAACGGGCGAUUGCAUGUGCCACUUCAUAGGGUGAUUAUGAGAGAAAACUACAUGGCUCGGUAUACCUUAGCAUUUUUCGAAUUGCCAAGACCAGGGAAUCUCAUAAUUAAAGCAAUCGAUGACAUGGUCGAUAAUGAACAUCCGUUGCUCUUCAAGCCUUUUGAUUACGGAGAGUUUGUCAAACUUUCUGUUACUGGAGGUCAAGGCAUACAAAAGUAUGCAGUAAAGGCAUAUUGUGGUGUUUCAAAACGACAAGGCGAUGGUAUCGAUCAGUCAAGCUAG